CAGACGGGCUUCAGCAGGAGAUUAAAGCCAAAGUCCUCUCAGCCUCCACAGCAGCAGCUUCACCCACUGACCGACUGACGGAGGACGAGGAGGACGAGGAGGAGGAAGAGGUUAGGGUUACCGGAUUCAACACAUCUCUGUCCACCAUCAUCUGCAACGUUGAUCUUUUAGCGAGUGAGAAGUUUCUAAGAUUGGAGUCGGAGUUUGGAGCCAGAAUCUGAAUAUUUGAUCUGAACACAACCAGAGAGUCUGAAGACCGUUUCCACAACACGUCCUGAAGGUCUGGUUACAUCGUCCCAACAGCCUUCAGGUAUCACCAUGAGCGGCGGUGGGACGACCACAGCUUCCCCUCCGGAGCCUCAGGCUUUCAAACGGGCCAUACGGAAGAUCAAAUGUGCCGCUAUGGUGGCCAACUUGGCCAAGAGCUGGCAGGGCUGGGCCAGCGAACACUCCGACAAGCAGGACGCCAUCCCGAGCGGCUGGAUGCCUUCGUCCGUCGAAGAGGUAGACGGGAUACAGCGCAACCACGAGGUUAAACUCACCAUCACCCCGCGUGUCAUCGCAACUGAUGCCGCCGGCGCCAUCGGGAGUAAGAUCCGGACCGGAUCUGUGAUCAAGACCGUGCGGCCGAAACGCAGCGAGUGUGGCAGCGGCGAUUUGGUCAACGCCAUCCGAGGCAAGAUGGAGUCGGGUCCCGAGGAGAGCAAGCCGUUCCUGGGCAACGAGUCGCCGACGCGGCGGCGCCAGAUGAGAGCGCUACAGAGUGCCGCAGCAGGAGGAGGAGUCAUCCAAGACAGGAAGCUUCUCCUCCAGGAGAAGAAGUUCGGGUCGAGGAGCAGCAGCGUUGACACGCAGGACAGCGGGCUGGGAGAGGACGCCGCGCUGGGAGAGGACGCCGCGCUCAGCGACAACAGCGAAUCAAAAACUGAGCCGGGCGACGUCCAACCCAAGAAACACACCAACAGGCCAAAGAUUCGGAUCGCCACCCGGUCCGACAUUAAGAGCCGCUGGCAGCGCUGGUCGGAGCAGCACAUGGAGGGCCAGAAGCUGAACCCGUUCAGCGAGGAGUUCGACCACAACUACGCCAUGGCCCAGCGCCUCCACAAGGGCGACUCCGGCUACGGACGCCCAAAAGACGGGUCGAAGACGGCGGAGCGGGGCGACCGUGCCCAGAAACACAUCCACAGGGAGAUGGAGGAGAUGUUGUGGAUCAUCAGAGACAUGGGCUGUAAGGACAGAGACGGGAGGACCGUCAUCACCUUCGGACGCCUCUUCGACCGCUACGUGAAAAUCUCCGAUAAGGUGGUCGGCAUCGUGCUGCGCUGCCGCAAACACAAGAUGCUCGACUUCGACGGGGAGAUGCUGUGGAAGGGACAGGACGAUGACGUCAUCAUUACACUGAGGGACUGAGGACAGACGUCAUGGUUACGCUGAGGGACUGAGGACGGACGUCAUGGUUACGCUGAGGGACUGAGGACGGACGUCGCGGUUACGCUGAGGGACUGAGGACGGACGUCGCGGUUACGCUGAGGGACUGAGGACGGACGUCACGGUUACGCUGAGGGACUGAGGACGGACGUCACGGUUACGCUGAGGGACUGAGGACGGACGUCACGGUUACGAACAUUCACAAUAAUAAAUCUAUAUAAUAUAUAAACCCUCGAUGUGAGUGAAGAGAUUCAGAGUAUUGAAUGAGUCUGUUUUGUCUCUGAUGAGGAGAACUCCAGUAUAAAUGUUGUUUCUGAAAUGCUAAACGCCAACAAAUACAGAUAAAGCAGAGUAUUUCAUCAGAUCAGAUCAUGUUCAUCUUUCUUCAUUAAAUGUUGUUUUUGGGCUUUACAACGCUCAGAGUGAUAAACGAAUCACAUGAACCUGAAACAGCCCGAUAACACUACUAUAAUACUGAUGUUGACCCGACGCUGGAGAGAAACACAACGCCUACGGAGACGUUAGCUCUGUUAGCUCUGUUAGCUCUGUUAGCUGUAUUCAGUCUGUACCUGGAGAACAGGAUGUAAUAAGACUCUCCAUGUUCACCUCAACGCUUCAUCAAUAAACCUGAUUAUAAUGUUGGAAUAGAAAACA